UUAAGCAUGACAAAAAAGCUGGUAUUGUUUCUAUUGUUUGUUGCCACCGCCUGUGCCCACAGGAAUCGCAGUCGAACGGCUCAUCAUGGUGGGGGUCUCCAGGACAUCAUCGUAAAUGGCUAUCCGGCCUACGAAGGCAAGGCACCGUAUUCUGUGGGCCUGCGUAUGAACAAUGGAGCCGUGGGCGGAGGUUCCGUAAUUGGAAACAAUUGGGUCCUGACCGCUGCCCAUUGCCUGACCACCGAUUCCGUGACCAUACACUACGGCUCGAAUCGUGCCUGGAACGGUCAGCUCCAGCAUACGGUGAACAAGAAUAACUUCUUUCGCCAUCCAGGAUAUCCCAAUACCGCUGGUCACGACAUCGGACUCAUUCGCACACCGUACGUCAGCUUCACCAAUCUGAUAAACAAAGUUUCGCUACCCAAGUUCAGCCAAAAAGGUGAGCGUUUCGAGAACUGGUGGUGCGUGGCCUGCGGCUGGGGAGGAAUGUCCAAUGGAGGAUUGGCCGACUGGCUGCAGUGCAUGGACGUGCAAGUCAUUAGCAACGGAGAAUGCGCCAGGUCAUACGGAUCGGUGGCCAGCACUGAUAUGUGCACCCGGGCCACCGAUGGCAAGUCCGUGUGCGGCGGCGACUCCGGCGGAGCACUGGUCACCCACGACAAUCCCAUUCAAGUGGGCGUUAUCACCUUUGCAUCCAUCGGCUGCAAGUCUGGACCAUCGGGCUACACCCGUGUCUCCGAUCACUUGGACUGGAUUCGAGAGAAGUCGGGAAUUGCCUAUUACUAACGAGGAGAAUCGACCGAUGAUGAACCUAUGUAAAUAUAUAUCCACAUUGAGCA